AUGAUGAUCGAACACAGCAACGCUCCCACCCGAUGUCCAACCAGAAGCUCAUUUAAUAUCUCGUCAUCGGCGCUUGGGACAUUCGCCCAGACGACGCGACGGACCAGUUUCAUGUCAACUCUGGCUUUGGCAUGUUUGGUGCUUCGACUCGCGGCGGCAGGGACCAUGUGGCCUUGCCGCUUAUUUGGAAGCCAGCCAACCAAGAGCCGCCGCCGAGCACACCAGAAGCGCCACCAUUCAGGGACAGCGCAGGCUACUCGCAGCACCGUGUUGACGCCUUCAGACUGCUCACCUGUCUUUGGCUCGCGAAAGCCAUGCUUUUGA